AUGUCCCGUCCGAAAUCCGCACCACGAUUCAACGGGCGUGACAAGCUCAAGGCGCAGAUCGAAAACGACGAUAAGAAGCGAAUGAAGCACAGCUCCAAGUUAAGGCGCUUCCUUCCCUCUGUCGACGGCCUCGUCUUGCCUAAGCUGACUGGCCCGAUGCUAGAAGAGAUUGAGACUGCACUCAGGCCGACGCCCGCGCACGAAGCCCUUGCCAAGGGGUACGGACUGACCAUCAGCCGCUCGGACAUGAGCACUCUAGCGGAGUACCAGUGGCUCAACGACGAGGUGGUCAACUUCUACAUGAACCUGCUCGUCGAACGGACCAAGCAGAACAGUGACCUACCCAAGCUGUACGCCUUCAACACCUUUUUCUUCACGAAGAUGGCGGCCGAGGGACACUCAGCCGUGAAGCGGUGGACGAAGGAAGUGGACCUGUUCUCUUACGACAUAGUCCUGGUGCCGCUCCACUUCACGGAUCACUGGUGCCUCGCGACAAUCGACUUCAGGAAGAAGCAAUACGACAGCAUGGGCAACAGCCGCGAGAGGCGCAACUGCCUCCACAAGCUGCAGCUCUACUUGGAGGCAGAGAGCCAGGACAGGCGGGGACACGGCCUGGACUGGGAACCCUGGGAGCUGCAGGUGAUAAGCGACCUGCCGCAGCAGCACAACGACUGCGACUGUGGCAUCUUCACCUGUCAGUACGCCGAGUGUGUGUCGCGCGAUGCCGAGAUCUCCUUCGGACAGCAGGACGUGCCAUACUUCCGCAAGCGGAUGGUGUACGAGAUCUUACAUGGGCAGCUUCUCCCUGUCUGAGCGGUGUUUCCUUUUAAAGCAAUGUACAUAAUUUACUAGUCAGCGUCGGCACUUUUUUUAAUGGUUCUCAAACAAA